UUAUGCCCAUUGCUCACAUGUGCUCUGCGUUUGGAUAUACGCUCUCGCGAAUUUCCGUUUCACUAUUCACAUUGAUAAGUUAAGGUGAUAUCGGUUCGGAUUAGGAACCAACGUGAAUUUUAAUAAUUAUCAUCACUGAGGUCUGAUAUGCCGAAGUCGAAACGUGACAAACGAGUAUCCCUGACUAAAACAAGAAAAAAGGGCUUAGAAGGAAAGCAGAAUCUGGUAGAGGAGGUGCGAAAAUGCGUUGACAUGUAUGAACGAAUAUUUGUAUUCAGUGUUCACAAUAUGCGGAACAGCAAGUUAAAAGAUGUAAGAAAUGCAUGGAAGCACAGUAGGUUUUUCUUUGGAAAGAAUAAAGUAAUGAUGCUAGCCCUUGGUAAAGAAUCAGGCGAUGAGUAUAUGGAAAACAUUCACAACAUAUCAAAAAAGUUAACCGGAGAAGUCGGAAUCCUUUUUACAAGCAAGACAAAAAAAGAAGUAGAGGAAUGGUUUUCCAGCUUUGGGGAGCACGAUUUUGCAAAGUCUGGAUUCAAAGCAGACAGUACAGUUGUUCUGGAAGAAGGGCCUCUCAACCAGUUUUCUCAUGCCAUUGAACCACACUUACGUAAGCUAGGAUUGCCUGUUGCUUUGAAAAAAGGUGUAGUGACCAUGUUGGAACAACACAAAGUAUGUAAAGAAGGCGAAGUGUUAUCGCCUGAGCAAGCAAAUAUUUUGAAACUCUUGAAAAUAAUGAUGGCGGAAUUCAAAAUACAACUCUGUUACGUAUGGGAUAAACCAACAAAAACUUUUGAAAAUUUGCAAACGAACGUCUCCGAAAAAACAUUUAAUAAGAUUACAAUGGCCGGGGAGGACCUGAAAUAUGAUUUUGUGGAAGAUGGCUGAAUACACGACGAUUGUGAAUAUGAAUUACUAUCUCAAACGAUGCUUAAAAGUAGUUAAACUGCGUAAAUCCUAUUUGUUGAUGAAUGCAAAGACAUAUGAUGUUCAUUGAAUAUCAACUCUGAACGACUGGAAUACUUCAUAUGAGCACAUUUGUGUUGUAACAUCGUUUUCAAAAUAGUUAAUACUGAAAAGUCUGGACUUUUGGUGCAUUGAAAAAAACUGUUAACAAUUAUCUCUAAAUAUAUCCGAACAAAAGCC